AUUUUGUAACAACAAACGCACCACUCCCCCAAUGACCUCGCCCUCCCUGUUAUGAAACACCUACAUUCGGACCAUUUUUUCAUUUCUAUCCAGGAAAAACGAUAAAUAAAUAGCUAGUACAUUGACACACCAGUGAUUUCGAAGAAGCUUUGAACAUCAAGUAUUGAAUGAGAAGGACUUUAGGACUGGUCAGAAACCCCCCACAAUGCUGAAAACAAUUGGGCAAGCUAUUUUUUCGACUACUUUGCAGAAUCCAAAAUUUACACCUAACGAGGAGAAUAAGGCUCCAGACUAUGAGGUCCGUACCUAUCAGACAACCAACUGGAUAAGCACUACUCUGACUGGUAUGGAGCAGCAGGCUGCGAUAAGCACUGGGUUCCGACGCCUGUUCAGCUACAUCCAGGGCAACAACCACAACAAGGAGAACGUGGAGAUGACAGCUCCAGUGACGUGUCUGGUGGACCCUGGGGCUGGCCCGGCCUGUGAGACCACCUUCACAGUGUCCUUCUAUAUCCCAGAGGAGCACCAGGCCGCCCCGCCCCUGCCCAGCGACCCAGAAGUCUUCCUGGAGAACAGAAAGGAGUUCACUGUGUUUGUCAGGACGUAUGGGGGUUUCACCAACAUGCAGAAGAGUCGUGAGGAGCUUCUGAAUCUGCUAGAGAGCCUCCAGAGGGACGGGGCACGCUACAAGGACAUGCCCUACUACGUCUGUGGCUAUGACAGCCCCUUCAAACUAGUCAACCGCAGAAAUGAGGUCUGGAUCCUCCAGAAGACAGAGCCAUAGUAACGGUUCAAAGGGGGUCCCUACCUUUCUCCUCGAAGUAUGCACUUGAACACUCAUUUAUUUAGAAAUAUUGCAUUGGUGUAGGCAUGGACGACCAGAUACACUUUAUAUCAGUGGAGGCUGCUGAGAGGAGGAUGGCUCAUAAUAAUGGGUUGAUCAGAGCAAAUGGAAUGGCAUCAAACACAUGGAAACCAUGAUGUGUUUGACGUAUUUGCAACUAUUCCACUCCAGCCACUACCAUGAGCCCAUCCUCUCCAAUUAAGGUCCCAGCAACCUCCUGUGCUAUAUAUACAAAAGUAUAUGGACACCCCUUCAAAUUAGUGGAUUCAGCUAUUUCAGCUACACCCGUUGCUGACAGGUGUAUAAAAUCGAGCACACAGCCAUGCAAUCUACAUAGACAAACAUUGGCAGUAGAAUGGCCUUACUGAAGAGCUCAGUUGACUUUCAAUGUGGCACCGUCAUAGGAUUUCACCUUUCCAAGUCAGUUAGUAAAAUGUCUUCCCUGCUAGAGCUGCCCCAGUCAACUGUAAAUGCUGUUAUUGUGAAGUGGAAACGUCUAGGAGCAACAUGGCUCAGCUUCGAAGUAGUGGGAAACAAGCUCGCAGAACGGGACCCCCGAGUGCUGAAGCGCGUAAAAAUCAUCUGUCCUCGGUUGCAAGACUCACUUACAAACUACCUCUGCAAGUAACGUCAGCACAAGAACUGUUUGUCGGGAGCUCUAUGAAAUGGGUGUCUGUGGCUGAGCAGCCGCACACAAGCCUAAGAUUACCAUGCGCAAUACCAAGUGUCGGUUGGAGUGGUGUAAAGCUCACCGCCAUUGGACUGGAGCAGUGGAAACGUGUUCUCUGGAGUAAUGAAUCACGCUUCACCAUCUGAUCCAACGGAAUAAUCUGGGUUUGGAGGAUGCCAGGAGAACGCUACCUGCCCGAAUGCAUAGUGCUAACUGUAAAGUUUGGUGGAGGGGAAUAAUGGUCUGGGGCUGUUUUUCAUGGUUUGGGCUAAAUUGAAG